AUGUUGCUUUACGCCUGGAAUCGCACCCGGCUCUUCGGCUGCGCAGGGAUGAUUGUGGAUGAGUUCGCAGAUGACUGGGGUCGUAGCACCUCCAAAGAGUGCCAGACCAACGGCGACAGCGACAUCAUGCAGACUUUCUGUGGAGAGCCCUCAGGCCUGCUGAAGGAGACAGACGUGGUGCCGGACGAAUUCCUGGGCCUCGUCUCGCACACCAACUGGUUCCUUCACAGCUGCGUGCGGCCGCGAUGGGAUGAUGCACAGGUGAUUCAAGCCUUUGAGUUUAGCUUUUGUCUUCCAUUCUCCGCACGGAUGGCCACAGGCAGCUUUCACUACUACUGGCCUGAGGAGCCGGCGUCCGACCAACCGCCGUGCUAUUGUGUCCUCCCCAGCCAUUUGCAUAUCUACAAUGUCAGCGGGACGCUGCCAUCCUUGUUUGUGUGGUUCGGCGGCAUCGCCGCCUUUCUUUUAGCCUUUGGCCUCGGCAAGGUGACGCGGCAGACGCGUGUGGCGGCCUUGUCCGCGGGGCGCUUGACGAUCCCCAAAGCCGUGGCCUACUUCGACAACCAGCUGGGCAUGGGCCGUUCGGCGGCGCUCCGGCGGCACCGGCCACGCAUCCCCAAGGGGCACUCGGGCUUAUCGGCGCCGGGGGAGAGCACUGAGAUUGUGAUCCCUUUGGAGCUCCGCGCUUUUGCCAAUGACCCACGGCGGCGGAUGGGCACAAAUGAGGGCGUGACCAUCACUGUGAAGUGCAAGUCUCAGCAUUGCGAGGCGCGGAAAACCACUGGUGCGUGGAGGGAAAGGAACUGCCGAUGGAAUUUGGACUGA